ACUCCGUGAUCUUGGGGUCGAGGUUGCCGAUCCAGAGGCGGUGCCCGUCCUGCAGGGCGCCCUCGGAGAGGAUGGAGGCGUUCUCCAGCGGCAGCGUCUGGCGACCCGGCUCCAUGGCUCUGCGGAGGGCACCAGUGAAAGCGGGGGGGGGGCACAGCGGGCCGGGGGCCGGGGCUGUACUCACCAUGACACCGCGGGACCGCGCAGGCCGCGGCCGCUCCGUCCUCGCGCAGGCCUCGCCCCGCCCUUGGCGCCGAUGUAUGACGUAAGGCUACGGCGCGGCCCGAUGACGUUGCCUGAAACGCGAGGGGCUGCGCGACGGUGAGUUGGAGAAGAGCUGUGAACGAUGGCUACGGCACUAAGAUGCUUCCGUCAUCUGCCUUCCCUGCUGUAUCGUUCUUCAUUCGCAAUGACACGGGGGCUGCCGCAGGCUCCUGCAGGCUGCCCAGCCCUGCUCCUGGAUGGCUGCAGGCAGUGUGUCCAUCAGGUGCUGCUGACCAGACAGCUAGCUACCAAAAAAGCUAAAGGUAAAGGGCAGACUCAAGCCAGAGUGAAUAUCAGUGCUGCCCUAGUUGAUGAUAUUAUCAAUUUGGAGGAAACCAAUGAAGACAUGCAGGCAGUGGUAGAAGCUCUGAAAGAAGAUUUCAGCAGAAAUCUCAGUGUUAGAACCUCACCAGGGGCCCUUGAUCACAUAAUCGUGAUGACAAAAGACGGGAAGUUUCCACUGAACCAGCUGGGGCAGAUCUCACAGAAGUCACCGCAGCUCAUUAUAGUAAACAUGACCAAUUUUCCAGAGAGCACAGCUGCAGCUACGAAGGCUAUAAGGGAGAGCGGCAUGAACCUGAACCCAGAAGUGGAUGGGACAAUAAUUCGGGUGCCGAUUCCUAAGGUAACGAGAGAGCACAGGGAGAGCCUGGCCAAGCUUGCCAAGCAGUCCACCAACAAGUCCAAAGAGGCCCUGAGAAAGGUGAGAAGCAAAAGCAUCAACCAGGUAAAGAAGUGCAAGAACAAAGUGUCUGAAGAUACAAUCUGGCUAUUAGAAAAGCAGGUAAUUUUUUUUCCCCUCCUUCUGCCAUAUCACGAUGUUUCACAGCUCAGUGGUGUGUUUGUCCCAGCCCUUGCUGACAAAUCUCCAGCGCUGAGAACCCGACUGGGGAAUGGGUGGCCCCGGGCUGAAUUUUUGGAGUCAGCAAUGGCUGUUGUAUUUGCUUUUUCUUUGUGAGAUUUGGGGCCUCAGUCUCAAAGCCAAAUUUAUGACGUGAACCACUGUAAGCUGACACAAGACCAAAAAAAAGUUCCCCAAAAGCUUUUGUACUACAAGGGAUUGUUGCACAAAGCAGCUGAACUUUGGGAGCAAAACGAUGCACGUCCAUAGCUUUACCACCAUUUACACAGUGCCUGGCCACUGCAAAACAGCUGGUGUUAAUGAAGAUUGCUCCAGUUUGUUAUUAAUGAAAAGGCUAGCAAGAUUAUCUCUGUUAGGAGUUUUUGGCUCCAAUUCAGGAAAAUACUUAAGCACAUGCCUAAUUCCCUAAGAGCAGAUGUCACUAAAGUCAAUUACUUGGGCAUAAACUCAGGCACAAGCUUAAGUGUUUUGCUGAAUGGAUGGCUCUGAAGGCAGGCCAUUACUUUUUAGCUGUUUGUUUAUUAACAGCUAAAGUUAGAUACAUUGCAAAUGCUUUGGGACAGUUCUCUGUGUGCUCACAAAAAUAAACAUUGAUAUACAGAGCAUUUGUGCAAGCAGGAAAAAUGGCCAUGCUAUUGUAACUGAAUCCUGUUGGGAAGCAGUUCUCCCAGAGCAGACAGAUGGUUUUCUGCAUUCGUAGAGGUAGCGUCUCAAGCCUAAUUUUUGCUUGCACCCAGAUUUUUCAGCAUGAGGAAAGAUCAUUGUCAUAUACCUCGGACCUUGGGAGCGAGUGCAUCUUCAUUGGUCCCAUAAAACUAGUGCAUGAACCCCCCAUGCGCUCCAGCCUUUAUCUGCACUCACUCAAAUAAGUGCAUGCACAUUUCGGUCCCUUUUACAUGCUUGCCAUGUCCAUCCCACAUUACCAGGAGACCUGAUCCUGGGCAGGGCUUUAACAAUCGCCAUUUAUUUCUUUUUACAAGACAUAAACAGAUCUGUUACUUGAUGCGUGAAUUCUUAGCAUGUACUAAGGCUGCGCUCCUGCUAUUACCUCGUUUGUUCUGAUAGUGGAAAGGUUGCAGGAGGUAAUGAGAUAAACCCUCUCUUCUCUGAUGCCAACACCAGCAGGGCUCUAACUCUGCCUUCCCCUGAAGUCACUCUGUUAAAUAAGGACCUGAUCAAGUCACUUGUGAAGCUCAGGCAGAGUUUGUGUUGUGAGUCUCUUUUCAGAGCCUUUGGCCAAUCCCUGUUCUCUGGCACAGAACCACUGAGGGCUGGUGGGAGCCCCCAGGAAGAGCCAGUUAUUGCCCCAGCGCUAUUUGGGGUUUUAUUAGGACUUUGGGCUUUGUUUCAGGAGGUGAUCCAGUCACUCCCUUUAAACUCUGGCCUCACCUAGCACACGAUUCAGACUUCUGCUAUGUUGCCACAGAUCCAGCAAAUGGCAGACAGCGCUGCAGCGGAGAUGGACAAGCUGCUGGCAUCAAAGACCAAGGAGCUGCUUGGAUAAACACCAUCCCUAUGGACACACUCCCCCCUCGAGCAAGAGCAGACUGCCACAGACUCUGGUGGCCAUCCCUGCCUGGAGCAGCAACCUCGGCCGAUGGGCAGAGGCAACUCUGCCAGACCUCUGUGCUUUGGCUGCUCCAAUUCCCCACCUUGGAUUGUACUGGAGGGAGGGGGGAGACUCUUCUCACUGCUCUUCAUACAGAUGGCAACAGAAUUGGGUGAACUAAGGUUAAAAAUAAAAUAGCAGGAACUGCUAUAACUGGAAGGGCUCCCAGAUGGAAGCUGAGGCACAGGAGGAACAACUGCCCUGCUCGCCUCGUGCACCAGUCCGUUUGCAUCCCAGCACCUCGCAGCCUGGCAGAAGCAAGGACUACGCAUAAGGGAAACCUGUGCUGUCCUGCUGUGAACCUCGGUGUUUAUUUUUGCUUACAAUAAAGUCAAAACGGAAUGUGGAA